AGCGCGCGCGCGCGUGUCUACCGGCGCGGGAAAAUGCGUGAGAAAACACUGACGGCGUGAAAAAAGCGAGUCAGAAAAAAAGACAAAAACAAUCCGCGAGGAGAGACAGAGACGGAGCAGAGUCCGCGGAGUUCUUUCGAGACGACACAACACAAGACCUAAAGCGCGCGCAGACACGGCGAGACAGUAGGAGCAGGCACCGAGCAGCGUCUCCCUGCUUUAGGGCGCUGGGAAAAGAUGACUGUGGUGCCAGGGGAGAACCUGGACGAGACAGUGGCCUUGGCCGCCCUCUGUCACGACGCUUACGAGCCCGAGAGGGCGGACCAGGAGUGCUGCGAGCGCGUGGUCAUCAACAUCUCAGGCCUGCGCUUCGAGACGCAGCUCAAGACGCUCGCGCAGUUCCCAAACACUUUGCUUGGCGACCCUAGGAAGCGGAUGCGCUUCUUCGACCCGCUCAGGAAUGAAUACUUCUUCGACCGAAACCGGCCGAGCUUUGAUGCCAUCCUCUACUACUACCAAUCGGGCGGGAGACUCCGAAGACCUGUUAACGUGCCCGUGGACAUCUUCAUGGAGGAGAUCAAGUUUUACGAGCUCGGAGAAGAAGUGAUCGAAAAUUUCAAAGAGGACGAGGGCUUUAUUAAAGAGGAGGAGCGCCCGUUGCCGGAGAACGAGUUCCAGCGACAAGUGUGGCUGCUGUUUGAAUACCCAGAGAGUUCAGGACCCGCCAGAGGAAUCGCCAUCGUCUCCGUGCUCGUGAUUCUGAUCUCCAUCGUCAUCUUUUGCCUGGAGACGUUGCCAGAGUUCAGAGACGACGGCAGGACGUACGACGAGCACCUCCCGGUCAACGGCACGGUGGGCACAAAGAAGCCGAAUCCGUUCACAGACCCGUUUUUCAUCGUGGAGACGCUGUGCAUCAUUUGGUUCUCCUUCGAGCUGGUCGUGCGCUUUUUGGCGUGCCCAAGCAAGGCGGCGUUUUUCAAAAACAUAAUGAACACUAUCGAUGUGGUGGCAAUCAUGCCAUACUUUAUAACACUCGGUCUUGAGCUUGCUGAGCACCAAGGCAACGGGCAGCAGGCCAUGUCACUGGCCAUCCUGCGUGUUAUCCGGCUCGUGCGCGUGUUUCGGAUCUUUAAGCUCUCGCGCCACUCCAAAGGCCUUCAGAUCCUGGGCAAGACGCUCCAGGCGAGCAUGCGCGAGCUCGGCCUUUUGAUCUUUUUCCUCUUCAUUGGUGUCAUCCUUUUCUCCAGUGCAGUUUACUUCGCCGAGACGGAUGACCCCGAGUCAGGUUUCAGCAGCAUCCCUGACGCCUUCUGGUGGGCCGUGGUGUCCAUGACCACCGUGGGUUAUGGAGAUAUGUGCCCGGUGACAAUCGGAGGCAAAAUCGUGGGCUCGCUGUGCGCCAUCGCCGGUGUGCUUACCAUCGCGCUGCCGGUACCUGUGAUCGUGUCCAACUUUAACUACUUCUACCACCGGGAGACAGAGCACGAGGAGCAGCUUCAGUACACACACGUGACUUGUGGUCAGCAGCCCCAGCAGCAGCAGUCUGGCUACGGUGAUUUCGGCAGGAGCGAAAGCAAGCCUUCCCUCUCCAAAUCGGACUAUUUGGACUCGGAGGACGUGGACUCAAUCAAGUACACAAACUGCAGCCCCCAUAAAGCCUACACGGGGAAGCUCACAGAUGUAUGAGUGUAAAACACAAACACGCACAAAAAGUGACCUGCAAACACACAGGCGCGUCUCUGUGAGCACAAAUCCUCAUCCUGCGCUCCAGCUUGAUUAGAUCUGGUUAUUAAGCUCUGGUUCUCAAGAAUCCUGCGCGCUAAACCGAGGCAUUUUAUUUAACAACUCAUUAGCAGAGGAUUUUAAUAAGACGAGGGCGCGAUCACGGGGUGGUUCGGAUAUUUCUUUCUUUCUCUCUCUUUCUUUUUUCAUUUUUUUCCCCCAAACUGUCUUCCAUGUUUGCGAUCAUUGAUUUAAAAAAAAUGAAGAGACUGCACCUCUGGCCUCAAAGUAUAAUGCUAGGAAAACAACUAGGCUAAAUAACCAAGCCCAACCUCGCGGAAUAGCACUUUACUCAUGUACUCUUAGUAAUAAAUAAUUUAUUAGGCUCCUAGCUUUGGUGUAUAGGGGGUUUUAAAGUUUACAUAUGAUUUAUCUAUUCGGAACAAAGCGAAGAGGACCAAUAUAUCUAAAUCAUGUUCUAUUUUUAUGAUAUAUUUUCUACGCCUGGCGACUGCAAGCACUCAGUGUUGCUCUCUUUCUAGUUUUAGUAAUGCUCCUCAGUUUAUUCUUCCAUGGACGUAAAGGUCAAGUGUGAUUCUUUAUGAUCAGUAGGCACUUAUUGACUAGCACUUUCACUGUACAGUUAGCAUCUUAAAAUUACAAUUGGUCCCAUGCAUAAACAGGUUUUUAAUCGCUGAAUACACCUAAUUUGCCCUGUAUGAUCAUUUAUCUCUAGUUAUUGUUUAUCAUUCAAACAGUUACAUGUGUAGCUAAGCCAACAAACAACAACAAAAGAUAACAAUUAGUCUCGUGGUUCUACUUCAAAGCACAGGACUAACAGCAGGGUUUUGGUUGUGAAGAAGGCAGAAUGUGCAGCUUUACCAAAACCAGUGUGUUUGUGUGUGAGAACGAAUCUAAUCCUAGAGUGCCAUCUAUUGGACAAGAAAGGAAGUAUGGGAUCCGUCUCAGAUCCUCCUUGGAGACGGAAGUGUUUCUAUAGCAACCUUCCAGACUGUUCUGAAUCUUCUGACAUCAGGCAGUGUCUACGUCCAAACCUGAGUACUACUGUACUAAAUAGUAGACUAUAUAUGGUCCUGUGCUGUUUUUUUUCCACAGUAGUACGUGUUUUGGACGCUCCUCACGUUUUGCCUUAAGUUUUUCUUUCUUUCUGAUAAGACAGUUACCAGGCUGUUGUUGCUUUUAAUUCUGCUGCUUUACAUAACGCCGACCAAGUAAUGUAGCUUACAAAGACAAACGAGAUUAGAUGAAACAUGCCUAUUCGGCAGCUAUAGACGCCCAAAUAAACCUUUUGCAAACGUGUAUCUAAAUGUAAGCAUCGUACACAUUGUCGCUUAAUCCUGGCUUCACUUGUCAGUCUGUUUUUCGAGGAUCCUGACAUCAACAUCACGGAUUAAAGAAGGAAAAAAAAGACCCAUUAAUCACCCGAAGAUUCCCACUACAGGGGAAAUAAAAUGACAAAUACAUAUCAUGUGCACUGCAGCUGAUUCGGAGACAUUUCACUUCACAACGGAGAAAAAAAUUCAACAAACGGAUAAACGACAACCAUGACUAUGACUGGCACUUGGGUCUGUCGCGAGAAGCAGAACCCUGAAAUCUUAUUGGCUUAAUUAGGAGUUUCAGCGACCAAUCACUGAUCAGCAGAGGAGCCUAUUGUAAUCUCUUUGAUCUGUUGGACUUCUCUUCUGAGGAAGCUGUGGAGCAAAUUCCCUGUAGAAGGAGCAGAAAGAUAAACCUUUUCAAGUUCAACAAAAAGAGCAAGGAAAGUCAGUGGAAUCAGGACAGCCUUACCGCUGUAUGGAAGUGAAGCUCGGCUAAACCAGGCAGCAGGUUCACAUAUCAACAAUUACAUCCAAUAAAAGGAGUGUGAGUAUGGUCACGUUCAGUGGAGGACCAUAAACUAUUUUCUUGCAGGAGCUAAGAGCUCCUCUAUGAAUCCAUGAAACAGGAUUAUUUUUCACCCAUGGAGUCUAAUUGAAUUUCAAGACAAAGCAAAACUGAUACAGUCUGAAGACAGCAAGUGAUUUACACACUGAACUGUGUUUAGCUGAGAAUUUACUUGAAUAACAAAUCAUAUUCAUAUACUCUUUAGGAGACACUGUGUUCCUGAUGUAUGCUAUUUUAGGCUCUAAGAACAGGAGUAUGCGAUGUAUGAGUGUGUUUGUAUGUUCUCACAGGUACAUGUCAACGAUAUGGCACACAUGAAAGUUGCAUAUCAUGUUCUAUACCAAAACGUAGAAUUGCAUGCUUGGAAACAAAGCAUGCAAUCAGGCAAAAUAAUCAAAACAGCUUCAGCUCUAUUCGGGAAUUCUAUAUGGGAGCAAUGGCAGCAUUAUUCAUAAAUAGUUCUGUUGUUUGACAGCUGAAGAUAACAUUGUUAAAUAUAUAUUUUUAAGUAUUUUCUCUUUGUUUUAAAAGAAACCUAAUAGGUUAGACUGGUGACACUUUUUUUUAAACAUCUGCUGAUAUUGUGGAAUGAUUUUCUUCCUCCUUGGGAAUUAUUUCGCCUUCAAAGAAUGAAUGAACUUUGGUAUAUUCAUAUCAUAGGAACAGGUUCUGUCCCCCUUUUCAGCAAAGUUGGCGCAGGUUUUGAUUUGAAAUUAUUCCUUUUUAUAAUGACGUUGUUUAAAAUAACCUUCGGAUCAGAAUGCUGUAUCACCUGUCAUGUAAAGCAUCUACCUCAAUGUCAUGAUCUUCAUUUUUGCCAAAAGCUUCGCCCUAAGAAAGCAGCAUUGGUCAUGUAACUGGGCCAUCAUUAAAGCAAUGUGUUGUUUACUCUGCCGUGCAGUCAGAAGCAGUUAUAUAUCAUGUUCAAAAUAUGCAUGACUCACUUGUCCUCAUUGUCCAUGCUAGACGUCUGUUGUGUCUAUGCAUUGCAGGCUGUUGUGUCUAUACAUGUUCUUGUCUAUUACAGUGCCACAUGGUAUCCUGUUUGGUAAACUUAUGCAAAGUCUUUAACUACAAUAUCUGACCCUGAUAAACAGGCUAUUAGCAGUGUAAACGUGUAGUCCAUAUCAGUUGGUACAUUUCCCAGCAUCUAAGUGUUAAACAUAGUUUUUGGUGUAGUGUUUGUCAAGCUGCAUAAAUAUUGCACUGUACUGUAUAUAAUCGGUUUCCAUUCAAGUGUGCUUUAUCCAUAUAAAAAGAGGAAUCUGCAUUUAAUAUAUGCAACAUAAAAUACGCAACUUUAAUUGAUGGAAGAAUGGAUGCAGUAUUCAAAAUGCACAUUUUUGCUCACAUGUUCUGCAGUAUGCCAACUCAUGAUUGAAAAAAAGAAGAAGAUUAUAGUAUUUAUUUGUUCAUGAAGAUCCAUACACAUGACCACAGGGCGGACAAAAACCUAUAGGUUUGUAAGAAAGAGAGCAAUAGUAGAGAAAGCCUUGCAUUUCAUUUAUUAUACACAUUAAGGUCUUCCAUUGAGAAGCAAAACGACUUUGCUUUGUUUCUCCUGAGAUGGUCACUUUUUCAUAUACUUCCCAUCAUUCUAUUUAAUCAGACCUAUUUUAAUAAAUAUUAAAAUGUUGUUUUUCUGAUGAUUACUUAUGGAUAGUGUAGAUCAUUAAGAUGAUGAUGAUUGUUGGCUUACUAAUGGAUGGUUGGAUAGAAAAAUAAAUACAUUUUAAAAGCAGUUAUUACAAGAUGUACAGUAAGUGAAUGGGUAUUAAAUGAAAAAUUGAUUAUAGAUUUGUGCAUGGUACCUUAUUAUAUCAUGUACAUAUACUCACCUCAUCGGGAGUGACAACAGCCUCAUACAAAAUGAGAUGAAGAGAUUAUCACACUUUAUUAUCUAGUAGUGAUUUUUUUUGAGGAACAACAUAUUACUGUAUAAAGUUUUCAGUAUACAAGAUGUGACUGAACUUGAACAAACUGACUACCUGUAUGGUAACCAAUUUUAGCAAGAAAAUAGAAACACAUCUACAGAAGCCUGGUCUUAAAGCCAGCACCCCCCAGCAUAGAGGAAUAGCCACGCAAGAAGUCAAACUAUACAAUUCCUAAUCAAACUGAUCUAGCUUCUCUGACAAAUGACUGUUUCCUCACUUUUAAUUUGCCUCAUUUGUAAUGAUAUUUGGCCUGUUUGUCAUUCAGAUUCACAUUUCUUAAUCUUUAUUAAUAGCUGCUUUAUAAGUAAUGGACCCAAUUAUGAUAGUUGCUGACAAACAAACAAACGUGUGCGACGAACACACAAAAAAGGUAAAUAUCAAUAACCCUUUCUAAGUGGUUGUAGCUCUUAUUUUUUACCACUGGGUGCAAUCUGAACUUCUUAAUAAAUAAACAUGGCAGUGAGAUAACUGUUUUACAAUUAUGCACCUAGAAAUGAGACCAAAUCCAUACCUUUAAAUAACAGCAUUUGUAAAAAGUAAAUAAUAUUUAAUAGAAUUGGACAUUUCUGAAGGUACAAAUGAGGUCAUUAUAAACAUUAAACAUUUGUUGAUUGGCUGAUAGAUUGUAUAUGUUUGUUCUACUUUAAUACUUUUUCAGAUUUUAUAAUUAACAAUUAUUAUUACUUAAUGUUCUGUGGAAUAUAUUAAUUUAACUGCAUCAGUGACUGUUUUUUGUUUUAUUUAUUACAUGUGUGUAUACUGUAUGUUAAGAUGUUCCACAGUCUCAGUAACAAAUCAUGAUUUCCUACUGAACCCCACAAACAUCAAAUAUCAAAUCAUGGCACUCCCUACUGUGCUUCUCUCUAUUUUGAAAUGAUUGCAGAUCUUGAGGGGUGCAUACAGUAUAUUCAACCACCACAAAAUGGGAUUAGAUAACCGUGUUGGAGCACAGCUUUCAUCAGCCACCAACUCACGUAUUUACAGAAAAACAGACAGGUGUUAUUAUCACUUUAACUCUAGUUUUAAAAUCAUUGCUUAAAUUCUAUCCUGAGGGCCAUGUUGUCUUUCUCAGAUGUGCAGCUCAUCUCCUAAGAUUCUUACACGACUGCAGGUCUUUUAGUAUCAGUGCUUGAGGUUUUGCACAAGUGUAUUGCGGAGAAAUUCAAGGUACUUUAAUUUAAGCUUGGGUAGCACAAACUGAAACUUGUUUUUGUACAGUAAAUGUUCUCCCAUCUGUCUUUAAUGGGUGUAAUUAAUUAAUUGCAGAAUCAUAUGGCUUAAUAGGGAUGUGCAAUGCUAUACUUUUAUAGCUAUGUCAUGCUAAUAAUGACCCUACAUGGUAUAAUCAGAGAUUUAGUGAUAUAUUCAAUGUGCAAUGAGUCUGUAUAUGCCAUAUUUGAAAAGCGAGUGGUAGAUUCAGGCAUGUGAUAGAACAUUAAUUUCCAAUUCAUUCCCAUAUUUAUUUUAUACAUCUAUAUUUUCUGCAUCUGUAAUCAGGAAUGAUGUUGAGGAAAUAGUGUUAUGCAGUUAAAUCUUUAAAUUAUAUUUAUAGUUAGCUCUGUGCAGGUUCCUAGUUAUGUAUGGUGAGCAAUAAUGCAUGUUAUAUCCAUAAUCAUAAGCAAAUCAUAAGAAUAUUGUUCAAUAGAAAUGGUUGAGCUGCACACAUUACUGCGUAUACCCUGUUUGGUUGUAUUUGCAUACAUGCCCUUAAACGGUGCCUUACAUAUCAUAUAUUGUGUCAUAUUGUCAUCGGGAUGUUAUUACAGAAUACAUUAAACAUUGCAUACUAAGAAUACGUUUGUUGCUCUUUAGAUGUUGUUGAUCAUGUGGAUUGAAAAUUGCUAGAUGUUGUGAUACUUGUGAUGGUUCACAUAUCAGGUAUUACGUCACAUUCUGGCUGAUUCGAGUCACGCAUAUUUUCAGAUUCCUGGAUCAACAAUCUCCAUUUACUGAAUGUAAAAGUCGUCCAAGAUAAUGUUCUUGGAGGACAACACACUAACAUUUGUGCAAGGCGAUAUACACCACGUCAUGUUUCCAGUGAACAUUAAUUACAGGCCAUCGUAUUCCUCUGAGACCUUACAAUGCCUUAUAAAAAAAAGUGUGAAGGACCAAAACAAGCAAAUUGAUGUCAAACCAUUAUAAUGAGCCAGUUUUCUUAGGGGAUAUUUUCCAGUUCUCAGAAAUCAAGGAGAUAAAUCAGGCAAAACCAUAGACCAUAUGCAGUCAGUUUGUAAUAAGGUCUGAACCCUCUUAAAGCUCAUUCACAUACUUCCCACCCUAAGACAGUGUGUUUUUCAUCAGGAAAUUAAACUCAAUUAUUCGCAAAACAGUUUGAUGUAAGCGAUAGCGUUCUCCAUCUAGACAACUGCAUUACUUUUCUCUCUCUUUAAGAAUGUGCUGCCAGGAAGUAGAGCAUUACUAAAACACUGAUGCAUUUCUGAAACUACGCAUUGCAUUUCUCCAAAUCAUGCAGAAAGCUAUAUAGCCCAGUCUUUAGUCCUACGUCCUACUGUAUUUGUAUCUUUGUGUUUGUAUGGACUUUACGCACAUGCACGCAUGUGCUAUUGCAGGUACUGGCCUACAGUGGAGGCUUGUCCAUUUCUAACAUGUUAACACUGUGCAGUCUUUUUUUAAUACAUGACGUAUGAGCUUUGAGAAGCUCCGUGAGCGGUCACUGUGUCUUGUCUUGCUUCUGUACUGUAUACCAUUAGCCAUCAGUUGUGACAUGCAAAAUACAACAGAGACCUUAACAUGAAAUUGCUGUUUUGUAGUGUCUUCUGUCAUGUGUAGAUAAAAUGGUGUGUGAAAAAAUUCAGUGUGUGGUUAAAUAUGUACAAUGUGUGAAAUACAGCAAAUUAGCAAAUAUUGAUAGAUAGUAUAUUCUAAGGCUUAAAUAAUGUAUAUAUGUAUGAUCUGUUCACGUACAUGGCAUAUGU